UCUCUCUCUCCCCGUUUAUAACCCGGCCUUAAGCCCGCGAGCGAACGAACGAUUUAAUCUAAUCUGUUGCCCUGCUCACGACUCCAUCCCCCUCUUUCACACGCCACCAUACCACGCACAAAGCUCUCUCCUCGAAUACCCGCCAAAAGGUUUCUCCUCCGGUUCAGGUCAAUUGGAGAUCGAAUUCGUCAGGGAGAACGGCAAUUUCAGGUGGUGGAGUUCGUGUUUCGUCUCCAGCACUGCAUACGCCAAUUUCAGGCGGUGGAGUUCGUGAAGGGGUUUGAAGGAUUUCUUUGGAGAUGGAUCCUGGGGGAGCGAGGCCGGAGCCCCCGUCAGCUUCCAUUGGCGAGAAGAGGCCGACGGAAGUCAGAGAUGGAGAUUCUGAUGAUCAGUUGCGGAAGAAGAAGAAAGGGGCUUUGGAUGGAGACAUGAAGAGGGUUGCGGAGAUUGUUCUGGUUCUGUCAGCAUUGGGGAAGACGAGAGGCGGGAGGAGUCCCACAGCCGUGGAGAAAGGUUUGAUGGUGGAGGCUCGGGAGAAGUUGGUGGAGAUGUGCGAAGUACUGGCUCCUAGGGACCUUCUUUCGAGUAGUGCCGUCAGAGCCGUUAUUGAGGAUCUUGGGCUCAAUAGGUCCAGAGAUCAAAAGUUAGGGUUUCGUCCUCCAAAAAUGUCUAUUUCCGAGAAGUUGUUGCUUACGAAGAGAAAGAUGAGAGAAUCCAAGGAAUUCACUGCACAACCUGCAACAUAUUCAUUGCCAUUGUUGCAAGUGGGCUUUGGUGCAACAACAGAAAGUCGUGGUUCACUAUUACAGGCUGGUCAUAGAUUUCCACCGGAAAAACCAAUUCAUACACCAGUGACUGCAGGAGCCUUUCAAUCUGUUUCAUCUACAAUUCAUGUUUCUAAUCCAUCUUCUACAUCCUCAUCGAAUCAAUUGUCAGUCUGUGAAAAGGGUUCUUCUUCUCUAGCAUUGCCUCGAGUUGGAGCAGCACAUUUCCAACUAGAUGAAAGAUCAAAUGGGUCAGGUUAUGAAUCCCAAGCAAAUCCUCCUGUUGACCACUCCUUGGACAAACCUCAAACAUUCUCCUUGCAGCCCCAACCAGUAGCAGUAGCUAAACUGGGUCAAACAAAAGUGCCUAAUCAUUCUCCUAUUAGAACUGAGGAAACUUCUCAUGUUGGUAACACUUCAAGUGCUUUUCAAGCAGUAAAAGAUCAAAUUCGUAAACCUUAUGUAAUUCAAGCUGCAUCUGGAAAUCUGCCAAGUGUAUUCCAACCUUCAGUUGGUAUGAAUUUUAUGCAAACUUCAUCACUUCACAGUAACCAUAGUGACAUUGCAAGGAAUGUUCAGAAGUUUUUGCAACCAAGGGCUCCUGAGCACCCUAAUUGGAUUCCUCCUUCAAUAGAUUACAUGAACAAGACAUUGACUUGCCAAGUGUGCAAGGUUACCAUCAGUGAUUUGGAAAACUUACUUGUUUGUGAUGCUUGUGAGAAAGGAAUCCACUUAAAAUGCCUUCAGUCAUACAGUCUAAAGGGCAUUCCUAAGGGUGAGUGGCACUGCCCUAGGUGUUUGAUGUCAAACAAUGGGAAACCUUUGCCCCCUAAGUAUGGUCGUGUAAUAAGAAGUAUAAAUGCAGCAAAGGUGUCUUCAACCACCACUGGGGCUCAGUUUUCUUUAGAGAAAGUGGAAAGUUCAGACCAAAAGAUAAAUCACCAGAAAGUUACUAAUGGAAACUUGAGUUUACUGAAUCCUGCUCAUGUUGGUGAUACAGAGAAUGACCAUAUUGAAUCAGCAUUUGAUUUGAAAACAAUAAUUGAAAGAGAAGCACAAGGGGCUAACAUCACAGUGAACAGAACAAAACAUGAUUCUUGCCAAACUAUGUCAAGUGAAACUACAGGGGCAAUUCAUGUUCUUUGUUCCAACAUUCCAAAUCAAAGUUCUAUCCAACCUACUCAACAUAGUGGAUCACCUCAAUGUGACACACAGAAACUAUCUGGUGCAGAUAUUGAUUCCUCUCAUGGUUUACAGGCAUUAUGCAAUUCAAAGGAUGCUAGCAAAACUGGGCCACUGAACUAUGCUGAAGUUUGUGAAAAUCAAUGUCAUGUUAACAACCACUUCUUGAAAGAGAACGAGAUUUCUGGUUUAAGAGAGACUUCUGAAUGCAAGGCAAGCUGUAAUAUCAGGGGAGAUGCUCAAGAUGUUGCUGAGACAAGAAUUGGGACAUUGACCGUUGGGGGUGGAGCCAGAGAUUGCACUAGGUCUUCACUAAAUGGCUUGCAUAGCGUAGAUUGGAUUGGUAAUAUACUUCAAGUGGUAGAUGAUAAGGCAUUUUAUCAGUCAUGUUGCAUUAAUGGAAUUGUGUACAAGCUGCAGGAUCAUGCACUUUUUCUUUCUAGUAAUGACAGUCUGAGACCUUCAAAGCUUCAGUCACUAUGGGAGGAUACCAGAACCAGGUCAAAGUGGGCUGCUGUGAACCUAUGCUACUUGCCAAGUGACCUGCCGGAGGUUGUUGGACAACCAUGUACCCCUGAGGUUAAUGAGGUCUAUGAAUCUAACCAUGACAGCACUGUAAUGGCUGGCUUAAUUCAAGGCCCAUGCGAUGUGCUUCCUUCAAACAAGUUUAAGGAAGAAGUUGAAAGACGGAAGCAUUUAGAAAAUGGGGCACAUGAUGGGUUACAACGAGUUUUCCUAUGCAAAUGGUUUUAUGAUGAACCAAAAGGACUUUUCCGGGCUGUUACGGAUCAAUCUCAGUGAUGUUCAUUUUGUUUUAUGCUGUUUUGUCAGGCUUUCAAGGCCAAACAAUUCUUAGACGCUUCAUGUAAUCAGGAGGGGACUGGAGGCCCGGGGAUCCAAAUAUCCAAUGAAUCAGAAUCACGCUAUGACUUUUGCGUAUGGCAUGUAUUUCCCACUUACGAUCAAUUGUAAAGGCAUGACUUGAUGUAUUCGUUGUGAAAGCAGCAAAAGGCAUUUAACUACUAGACCUUUCGACAAUCUACAUCAACUUUGAACUGUAAAGGACCUGCGACCUGCGUGAAGCCAUGUUUUGUACAAUUUAUAGCUCGAGUCCCGUUUGUAUUGAUUUCCUUUGGGCUCAGUUUGGAAGGAGUACAGUACAGUGCAAAGCCUUAUUUUGUAUGUAUUUAUACCGUACAUAUUUGUA